AACACUUGCAUUUUUCUUUUCGCGCAAACGAAACAUCCAAAAAACAAUUCCCUGUGAGGAUCUCUUCUUUUGCUCAGGAAGAAGAUCGAUCCUUCCUGCGUGCAAGCGAGAGAGAGAGAGAUGAGAGGAGCCUUGGCAUGUGGUCUUUCUUGGCGGCAUCUGGUACUUUCCGCUUUGAUUUUUCUGCAGUUCGUCUUAGGAAAUUCUGAUGAUUCCAAGAGUUCGAGUACUGUAGCAAAGGCUGAAUCUCGCACUUCUUCGAGCAAAACAGGGACAAAGGUGAUCCUGGUGCUGAUCGGAAUCACCGCUGUAGUGUUGUUUUCGUUCUUCCUGUAUAAGCUGUGGCAGAAGAAGAAAAGAGAUGAGCAGUAUGCUCGUCUUUUGAAGUUGUUUGAAGAGGAUGAUGAACUGGAAGUUGAAUUGGGCCUCCGUGAUUGAGAACACCUAUCUGUAAGACUCUAAUCAUGGAAGCAACAAUGCCCUGAGGUGGAAUUUCCUUCUCGGUGGUUGGUGAGACGUAUAGCCGGAUCCUGCUUUUGGAUCAUAAUAAUAGUAUUCUCUCUCUAAAAAUAUACCUUUCUUGUUGAGUCUCAAACCCAUCAUUCUUCUAUCCAAUUUUGUAACCGAGUACUAUUUUUUUUUCCAUCUUGUGUUUGUUUGUUGUAAAAUCAGAACAUUUGUUUCCUUUUGUCGCAUUUUUUUUUUGGGUUUCCUUCCUAAAAUUAAGACAUCAAAGAAAGAAAGAGAGAGAGA